AUGGCCUCUCCAUCGCAAUCCACCGGCUCGGCUAAGGUCGAUGCCGUCGUCCAGAAGGCUACCGCCAGCGCCCCUGGCCAGCUCAGCGGUCUCCAGCUCUACUCCAGAUUCGCCCUCGCCGGUGCCGUCUGCUGCUCGAUAACACACGGUGCCCUCACCCCCGUCGAUGUCGUCAAGACCCGUAUCCAGCUCGACCCUGCCACCUACAACCGAGGCAUGAUCGGCGGCUUCAAGCAGGUCAUCCAGAAUGAGGGUGCUGGCGCUCUGCUGACCGGUUUCGGUCCCACCGCCGCCGGUUACUUCCUGCAGGGUGCCUUCAAGUUCGGAGGUUACGAGUUCUUCAAGCAGCAGUCCAUCAACCUGCUCGGCUACGAGAACGCCUCCAACUACCGUACCGGUGUCUACCUGGCUUCUUCCGCUGCCGGCGAGUUCUUCGCCGAUAUUGCCCUCUGCCCUCUCGAGGCCACCCGUAUUCGUCUUGUCUCCGAGCCCACCUACGCCAGCGGUCUGCUGAGCGGCUUCUCCAAGAUGGCAAAGCAGGAGGGCUUUGGCGCCUUCUACGCCGGCUUCGGCCCCAUUCUGUUCAAGCAGAUCCCCUACACCAUGGCCAAGUUCGUGGUCUUCGAGAAGGUCUCCGAGGCCGCCUUCAGGGCAUUCCCCAAGAAGGACCUGUCCGACGCCGCCCAGACCGGUGUCAACCUGGGCUCCGGCCUGAUCGCCGGUUUCGCCGCCGCUAUCGUUUCUCAGCCCGCCGACACCAUGCUUUCCAAGAUCAACAAGACCAAGGGCCUGCCCGGUGAGGGCACCACCAGCCGUCUGAUCAAGAUCGGCAAGGAGCUCGGUCUCCGUGGAUCCUACACUGGUAUCGGCGCUCGUCUCUUCAUGGUCGGUACUCUGACUGCCUUCCAGUUCGCCAUCUACGGCGAUCUCAAGAAGGCACUUGGCGCGACCGGUGGUGUCGAAAUCGCCAAGUAA